AUAGGAUUUUGCAAAGCGUCCUAAGCUGACGUCAACCCGGUAACGUUGAACAACCCGUAGGCUUGAAGAGAAAUCUGAAAAUCCUUGCUGAUUUCCCGUAAAUUUUAAUUGUUUUAAAAUACCCAUCUAAAACGUGCAAACAUCAUGGUUUUCGAUGUAAGGAGGUUGGAUAUCUACAGGAAAGUACCCAAAGACCUGACCCAGCCCACGUACACAGGAGCUGUGGUCUCCAUCAUCUGCUGUGUCUUCAUGUUGUUCCUGUUCCUCUCUGAGCUGAAGGGAUUCAUAGCCACUGAAAUUGUUAAUGAGCUGUAUGUUGACGACCCUGAUAAGAACAGUGGUGGGAAGAUUGAUGUGAGUUUAAACAUCAGUUUGCCAAACUUACACUGUGAUUUGGUGGGUCUUGAUAUCCAGGAUGAGAUGGGUCGUCAUGAGGUGGGGCACAUUGACAACUCCAUGAAGGUUCCUCUCAACCACGGAUAUGGCUGUCGCUUCGAGGGAGAGUUCACUAUUAACAAAGUACCAGGUAACUUCCACGUGUCAACCCACAGUGCCACAGCCCAGCCUCAGAGCCCUGACAUGACACACCUCAUACACAAGCUGGCCUUCGGGGAGAAACUACAGGUGCAGAAUGUCCACGGAGCCUUUAAUGCAUUGGGAGGAGCUGACAGGCUGGGCUCCAACCCUCUGGCAUCUCAUGACUACAUCCUAAAGAUCGUCCCAACAGUCUAUGAAGACCUAAGUGGAAAACAGAGGUUCUCCUACCAGUAUACAGUAGCCAACAAGGAGUAUGUAGCCUAUAGCCACACAGGAAGGAUUAUCCCAGCUAUCUGGUACCGCUAUGACCUCAGUCCAAUCACAGUCAAGUACACAGAGAAGAGACAACCCCUCUACCGGUUCAUAACUACGAUCUGUGCCAUCAUAGGAGGGACGUUCACGGUAGCAGGUAUCAUAGACUCCUGUAUAUUCACUGCCUCCGAGGCCUGGAAGAAGAUCCAGAUAGGAAAGAUGUCCUGAGGACGCAUCACUACGUAUCACUACGCCCCCAUUUAAAAUGGAUAUGUAACAUCAGAGGGGUGUAUCUCAAUAGUCUACAGGCUUCCUCUCCUUCCCCUGCUAGAACAACAACAACAACAAUAACAUAUCAUUUAGCUGACGGUUCUUUCCAAAGCGACUUAGUCAUGGUACACAUUUUCUUUAUGGGUGGCCUCAGCAGGAAUCGAACCCACGAUCCUGUCGUUACAAGUGCAAUGCUCUACCAACUGAGCCAUACAUUCCUUCAUCUGUCAGAGCAGAAAGGAGGAAAGGAGACAAGGAGACGAGGCGAGGAAGCUACUUCAGACUAUUGAGAUGCACCCAUAGACUGGCUGUAUAUUUCCCCCAUAUGACAACAGGACGGAUGGUUUAACUGAUUCUUUAGUUUUUCAUAUGAACCUGUGCCAUCACUAGGGGGCACAUCAUUAAUGGCACCCUUUUCCCUUUAUAGUGCACUACAUUUGGAGCCUCAUAAAUUGUGCACUAUAAAGGGAAUAGGGUGAUAAGAUGUAAUUUGUAGAGGGAGUAUUGGGAUGCCAUUUCAGACUGGACUGUCUGAAUCCUCUGUCAUCAAAUGUUCUCUCCUCCUGUUACUUUCAAAUGUUUUUUUUUGCCAAAAUAUUUUGUACUUUGUGACAUGAAGUGAAUAUGAUGCCAUAGCAUACUGUAUUUAUGAUUUGUAUUGUGGAAUGAAUCAUACUGUCACAUCAAGCCAUUGGAAAUAUAAUUAAUAAAUUGUGCCUUAUGUUUUUUUUUAAAGCCCAUGUCACAUGUCUCACAAAUACAAAUCAAGUGUUUUUCGGCGUUCUGUAACUUUAGGUUUUUAAUUUCUAUGUUGACUGAACCAGGGUUUUCUUAUUUUCAUUUCAUAAUGCUGAAUCAGUGACGGUAUUGACUGAAUUAUAGACCAGCAGCUCUAGAACUAGUCUUGGUUCUAGAACGACAACGUUGUCAAUCAGUGGUCAGUGGUUACUACCCUGCCCCGCCCCCUCUCCUUUUCAUAGAAUGUUUCCAAAAUCCAUUGUGACGGACCGUACCGUCUCUUCACUGUCCUUGUGUCAAAUCCUUAUGUUAUGAAAUUGUUUUUGCUUUCACCGAUCUUUUACUUUGAGAUUUCCAGCCUACCUUCUGAGAAUUUUCAAAUGAUUCGGACGUCUUAUUUUUUUUUUUUGCCAAAAAGAGAGAAAGAAUAGUAUUUUAUUAGUUUCUUCUUAUAUUUGACUCUUGUCUAUGUAAAUGUGUGUGUUCUUUCGAUUGUAAUCGAUAACAGUCGGUAUUAUCCGUUUGACGUUGUUACAGGGUUUCUGCGGGGAAGGGAGGGAACUGUUAGUUGUAAGGAAGGGGCCACGUCCCAAAUGGCAACCUAUUGCCUGCGUAGUGCACUACUUUUUUGAUCAGGGUCCAUAGGUCUCUCAUGACAGUAGUGCACUACACAGGGAAUAGGGUGCUCAUCGCUACCGUGGCAACUAAAAUGAAGGCCAUUGAUAAAUAAAGUCUUUGUUAAAACUGGUAUUUCUGGACUGGGUCAGACAUUUUCUUGUAAUGAAAGAAUCAGAUGACGUGUCAUCGACGCAACAACCAGUAAAGUUACUUUAGCAAC